AUAAACGAAAUUAAGUUGCAGUUUGAGUUUUCGUUAUUCACGAAAAGUUAAAUGAAACUCGUUCAGGAAUUUCGAAUAACUGUAAUUUGUAUAUAUGCUGAGGAGGUAUGAAUUAUAAAUGAACAAUUCAAAAUCAGGAUAUCGAAAGGAAUAACGUAUUUAAAACAGCUGGUUAUUUGUGCGAAUGGCGAUACAAAAAGUUCAACAGCGCACACGUGCACCGCUGCAAAAGUCUGUUCAACGAUUGUUAAAGAAUAAACGUCAACAAAAGCCAGCGACCGAAGUGAAUAAAAAAGAUGGAAAGGCUAUUAUUAUUGCUCAAGAGAUUAAAUUCAUUCGAUUGCUGUCGAGCAAUGAUAAAAGGGUUCGAGAUAAAGUACUUAAAAAUUUAAGGAAAUGGUUGACAGUUCGUGCAGAAAGUACUUUUGCAUUUACGGAAGCAGAUUUCAUGCGUUUGUGGAAAGGGUUGUUUUAUUGUAUGUGGAUGUCCGAUAAACCUUUAAUACAGGAAGAAGUAGCUGAAUCUAUUAGUAAAAUUGUACAUUGUUUUAACGUUAAAGACGUAGUGUUACUCUAUACCUUGUGUGCUCUGAAAACAUUAAGUAUAGAAUGGUUUGGUAUAGAUCAAUAUAGAUUAGACAAAUUUUCUAUGCUAGUUAGAAGAAUAAUUCGUCAAACUUUUAAGAAGUGCAAAGAAACAUCAUGGGAUAUAGAAUGGGUAAAAGGUAUUUCCCAAGUACUCGAAAAAGUACUAGUGGACCCAAAAACGUGUCUUGGUUUUAGUAUGCAUUUAACCGAAGUGUUUUUAGAAGAACUUUCAAAAAUCAGCGAUGGUGUCAUAUCAGAGGAUGCAGUCACAGAAUUCGUUAAACCAUUUAUUUCCUAUUUCAUAAUCAUGGACGAUGAAAGACGAAUUAAACAUGUUACAAAACAUAUUUUUAAAUAUUUAAUCAUUCAGUCAGAUAUUGGUAUGGAUUAUGUGGAGAAAUUUAAAGCCUGGAGAGAUGCUGGGUUUCCUGCUGGUUCUAUCGAUGCUAUGGAAAAGAUUGAAUUACCAAAUGAAAAAGCACAAGAUAAUAAUGGUACGGAAGAAGAAAUGUUUCUUCAAAAUCAAAUGAAACCUGAUACAGAGAAAGUAUUGGAUCCGAGAGCUGGGAGAGUGAAUGUUGAAUUAUCACAGAUACCAUUUAACGCUAAAAAGAUCGCUACAUUAUUAACUCAAUAUAAAUUUCAUUCUUCGUCGACAGCAAAAUCACGUAGACAGCUAAAUUCUCUUAUCAAUGAAUUUACGGAACUGUCGAGUGGUAAAAUGCCACUCGGUAUUAAAGAAAUAACACUACCGAAUGUACGGAAGAAGGAUACAGAUACAAAAUCAGCCGCGAAACGUCUAUUGGCAUUUGAAAAAAAUUUACAUUCUGAUACAAUACAAAAGAAACGUAAAAGAAAAAGAAACGGGCAAUUGGCGCAAGAUGAGAACGAUAAACUUAACGGAGAAGCCUCUGAAGAUAUCGAUAUUGAAAGUAGUAUGGCAAAAGUACCUAAAAUUGAAGUUACAAAGAAGAAAAAGAUGCAACAUAAAAUCGAUAUUAUUAAUAAUUUGAAACAAAAACAUCCACAAGCGUCGCGUGAAAAAGUUCUUCGUUUGAAGAAGAAAAAAUAUGAAACAAAGGUAACCGACGACGACGAUAAUUGUAAAGUAGAUGUAAGAAAUAGCAAGUGUAAAUCAAAAAAGGAUUCUUUGCUUUUAAUGAGGAGUGAUAACGAAUCGAAAAAGAUUAAAUUGAAAAAGAAUAAAGCUACCACUGUGAAUACAUUAAACAUUAUUACGCCGAUUAGAAAAAACAGAAUAGCAAAAGUGAAAGUUUGCGGCAAAUGGGAUGUUUCUGAUAAUGUAGAUACGUCGACACCUUUGCUAUUAAAUGAUAACAAGACAAAAUCGCAUACGGAAGUUGUUAAAACAUCAGUUACAAGUGACAUUGUCCAGAAGGAUAACAGUUUCAAUGGGCAACUGAAGUGGAUGGAACCUGUAUUAAAGAAAUUGAAGAAUGAUAUAAAUAAGACACCAGUUAGUUUAAAAGAGCAACAUAAAAUGAAUACCAGCUUAAAUUCGAAAAAACGAGUGAAAAUAGCUCUUCAGCAUAAUACUGUUCAACAUAAAUCCGAAUAUAUUUUGCAACUUCGGAAAAGUCCAUCUAUUCCUUUUGAUGCAAGCAAGAAGCCAUUAGUGGGUGUACUAAAGGCAAGUCCUAUACCCAGUCCGAUUAAUCCAUUUUAUAAAAGAAAAUAUUGAUUGGAACGCUUGGUAGACUAACAAUGAGGAUAUGUAACUGCUUGUUAAUGAAAUAAAAACUCCAAGUUUUUCAACCAGGUGUUACGUUUCUUGAUACUCAUUUAACAAAUACAAGAAUAUUAUUUUCUCGUGUCAAUAUUUGAUCGAGAUAUUUGUACACGUUACUUAAUAAAUUAACAGCACUUCUUAUACAAAUAUACAUACAUAAUAAUCGCAUUCGCAACUUAACGUAACUAUGACUUCUUUUUCAGUUUUGUUAUGUAUAUCGUGUACAAAUAUCUGGGCCAACGAGACAAAUUCCAUAAAAAUAACAUUCAUUAAAAUUAAUUGUGUACAUAUAUUUGUAAAUUUAUAAACAAUCGGAAUAAAAUUUUGUACAUGAUAACAUUCCUAAGUUACACUUGUCCAUACUAUUUAUUCACAUAAUGCUACUUCGACUAUACAGCAUUAUAUAUAACUAUAUAACAUUUAUACAACAAUAAAAUUACAUUAGUCACAGCAUGGAAUACACAGAGAUAAUGUAAUUACUUUGUUACAUUAAGUGUAAUGAUGUAUUACAGUUUCUUUGAU